AUGUAUUUUCCUGCCAAAUCACUCGUACCUACAAGUACUGCUCAUCAGCGGUCCACGGGCAAUAGAAAGUCCAGGAAGUACUUGCCAUAUCCUCCCGAUCCCCUUCCUCUGGAGCUUCGUUAUGCAGGCCGGUUCAUGAGCCGAGGAUAUCAACCAGAUUUUUCACCUGAAGCAAUGGAGAAGUUGGAAGAACAGCUGGAGAAUGGUCUAUCGCAAAUGAAAACUGCGACUUUGUACAAAGGGUACAAAGCCAAACUCCUGACCCACGAAGUUGCACGUCAACGUCUCUUUCUCUCAACUUUGGAGGCUGAAGAAGCCGAUCUUACUGCAUGCUAUGCUGAUGCCAUCCGUGCUGAAAAUAAAGAAUGCUUUGGUUCUGCUGAGGAGGAGCUGCAAUGUUACAGGAGUCAUUUUUCUCAGUGUGGGCACCUGGAAGCUGAUGACGACAGGAACUAUCUUCAAGCUGUUUAUGAAGAUGAAUGCCGGAUUCUUCGCACUGUCAAUAUCCAGACUGAUCAAGUUGUGAAAAUAUUGGACAAACAUAUCGCACAAUCUCUUACGGACUGUACUGGAUACUUCCCCAUGUGUCGCCGCUUCUGCAAUGAGGUUCAGACCACUGAACCCUUCCACGAGGACUCUGAUGUUACACCUGAAGGAUCAGAUGACGUUGAGAAUGAACACCUUAGUUUGUCGGAUCUUGGCUCUGAUGAUUCUCGAAAUCCUCGUGUUGGUAUCACCGCUUCAUCAUUUCUUCCCCCAAUAACUCAAACUUCUCUAGUCCCGAAUUCUCAAAUUCUCAUCACACGUUGCGGUCACUGGAGUGGUCAAACCUUGCACCUCGCUACCGAUUUAUGUUUGAGUAUAGGCAUGCGCAAGAUCGAGGUGCUCAUGGUGUGUGCCCCCCUUCCCUUCAUGCCACCGCCAUCACCUCCUACAGAUUUUUGGUCCCUCCACGACAUGCAGCCACAUCGCGGAUCGACAAUCUCAUUCGAUUCCCUCAAUGACACUCAAAGUGACCCAAACCAGGGUCUAUUCGACUUCAUCGACCAACCUGAGGCUUCGCACCAUGGCCCAUUCAACUCCAUCGACCCUCAAGCCAGUCAGGCAUAUCCUUCUAGUUCAUCGUCAUAUAGAGGCUCUGCAUUGUUUGGCAGGGUCUCUGGAGAUCAGGACACCAUUGAUUUCGAUGGACUCGCCUUCAGUGCAUUCCUUGAAGAGUCUGGAGCUAACACCAGCAAAGCAUCAACAAGUCAUGCCGGCACCACUGCCCCAAUGCUGAUUCCUCGGUCAGCAGAGAUUGACGCCCUCUAUCCUUUACCACCUCCCCGGGCACUGCAGGGGACCGUCGAGAGAACACAACACUCUUGUCGGAUCCCUGCGCCAUAUCCUCUGCUGGAACCCAAAGUUAUGCCCCUCAGCACGACUACUACAUCAACCCCUCAAACCCUGCAGCAUGCGACAAGUGUGGAUGUUCCCGUCACCCCCAUAGUCAUCUCUAUCGACCCUGCCCCUCAACAACUCAGUGCACCCGUCUCCAUCCGGGUAUCAGCUGACGUCCAAAAGCAGAUCACUGAUGUGCAGAAGCGAGAAGUCAUCGAUCUCGCAAUUGCAGAGUCGACUCCAUUGAUGAAUGGCAUGAAUAUUCGUGUUUUAAACCCUACGACAUUGAGUCAACAUCAACAGUUGAUUGGGACAUGGACCUCCAUUUUCAGCAACCUCGUUAAGGUUGUGCGGACCUGUCUUCCAUUCGCUUUCAAUAUCUACCCCCCUGUAGACUCCAACAUUCUACCCGAUGAAUUCCGGAGGCGCGUCAUAAACGCAUUGAUCAACGAUCCCACUCAACCAUUAGCUUUCAUGCAUCGAUUCACUGUCAACGCUGCCGGGGAUGUCACGAUCUUAGACGGAGUCCUCGACCAGCCCUUCAUAUUACAAAUAUUAAUUCAUUUUGUGUGGCGCAGUGGUACCGGACUAUCAGAAUUCAUCGAAGACCCCCUUGAAGAGUUCAACUACCUCUUUGCUGCUAUUGGGGCAAUCGCGAAGCUGAUAUUGUUCGAGCAAUUGUCACACCCUCCGGUCGUUAUCGCGCACAUGCAACUUGAGUCUCCGAGGUGCACAGAAGGUUACGUUCGAUAA